AAAGACUUUUUCCAGCUGAAGGACCUGGAGAAGCUAUGUCCCAAAGAAAAGGGCAUCACAUCCAUGUCUGUCAAGGAGGUGGUCCAGAGCCUGGUGGAUGAUGGGAUCGUGGACAGUGACAAAAUCGGUACCUCCAUCUAUUUCUGGGCCUUCCCCAGUAAAGGAACACAAAAUAGAAAAAGAAAGAUUGAUGAUCUAGAAGUCAAGAUGACAGAACUGAUUAACAAGAAGCAGCAAUUGGCAGAGACACUGAAACAAGCCAAAGUUGGCAAGGAAGACUCAGAAGAAAGACAAGACGUGAUAGAGGAAUUGAACAAGCGUCGCACGGAGAGGGAACACAUUCAGAAAGAGUUGGAGAAGUAUAAGGAGUGUGAUCCUGAGGUGUUGAAGAAGAUUGGGGAUGAGGCAAACGAAGCCAAGGAAGCUAUAACAUAUUCUACCAAGGCUUGGAUUAAGAACAAAUUCUCCUUUGAGGAGAGCGUCAUUGAUAAACAGUUCGGCAUCCCUGCAGAUUUUGACUAUGUGGAAUAG